CAACCUUUCUUUUUUAGUGGUUGGCCACAUCUCUCAUUUCUCUUUUUCUUUUUCUUUAUCUCUUUCUUUUCCUCCUCUCUAUCUCCCUCCUUUGAAUAUCUAUACAAAACUAUCCAUUCAACAAUAGAAAAUAACACCAUUAAUUGUUUUCAUUCAACUCUGACAUUUUGUUUAUUUAUUUAUUUAUAUUUAAUGGAUCAACUAGUUUGAUUUUUCUUUUUUCUUCAUGAAUGCUUAUCACAUUUAUAUAUCAAAAUCAUUAGGAAGAAGGUAAUGGAAAAUGCAAGGCCAAGGGAAGGAGAAUUAGCUUUCUUUUUUUCUUUCACAUUUUCGUGUAUGGUAUCACCGUCGCUUUAAUAAGGUUUUUUGACUUGGAUUUUGUAGUUUCUUCCAUGGGAAACAAGAUGAAGGGGAUCAUCAAAGGAUUCAAAUAUAUGUUUAAUAAUUUUGCUGUGAAGGAGAGGGAGUUGGAAAUUGGAUGUCCAACUGAUGUUAAACAUGUGGCACAUAUUGGUUGGGAUGGCCAAUCUGGCAAUGCACCAAGUUGGAUGAAUCAAUUCAAGAAAGGGCCUGAUUUUGCAGCAGCUUCUAUUGGUAUUAAUUCUGGUUCUUCCCCUUCUCCAUGGACUUCUCAAGGAGUUGGAGAAUCAAAUGAAGCACAAUCGACAUCUGAGACUAACAAGGACAAUCAGACUAAUAAGGAGGUUAAUGUUAAGAAGCAAAGAAGGAGGAAGUCCUCACCAAAAUCUAGUUCAUCAUCAAGGGCAUCGAAAUCCAAGGCUAAAUUUGUAAAAGAACAAUCCAAACCAACAAAUAUAGAAGUGGCUUAAUGUUAGAACCAAAAACAAAAAUGAAUCUUGAUUUUUCCUAUCAAAGUUUUUUUGAGAAUUCUCAUGACGUUGAUCAAACUCUGAAAACGCAUUGAUGAGAACGAGAAGGAGGGAUAGAAAAUCGCGUAAAUCGUCCUAAAAGGGAUACAUAAUGUUGUAAAUGUAAUUGAGAAAUACAAAAAAAGGGGCUAGAAAUGUGAAACAAAAAAUGUAGAGACAUGCUUUGGGGGGGAAAUGUAGAAUCAAAAUGAUAAAUGGAUCUUGUUACUAACUUAUUUUCA